UUAGCAUUUUUCGCUUGUAGAAGGUCUUCGCGAGUGUAAACGCGUUGGACGGGAGUUAGCCAAGUGCACAAGCCCCUCUUAACUAUGGAGUCAGCAAAAUUCUCAACUCCAUUGUCGGACAUCAGCUCUAAAUCCACCAUAUUAACCAGCCCAGAGUAUUCAUGUGCGGUCGCCGUUACAAUAAUUGAACAGGGAUCCGACCAUUGUUUCAGCAACUAAUAGAUAAACACAUAACUUUCGGUAAACGAAUAAUCUCGAAGAAAGUCCCAUUAUUAAUUAAAACAAACAUUUUUGCAUGUUUUAAACAUCGAAGUUGUUGGCUCUUUCCAAGAGAUACCAUUGAUUCCACACGGAAUAACCAAGCUUGGCAACGUGGCGAAGGAUGGUAUCAUCUCCCAAAGCUGCGAUCUAACAGUAUUGACUGUUUCACCCACGUCAAUCAAAUAUACUGUCAAUUCGCUGUUGCACAGGGCACGAUAUGCAAUUGCGUCUCGAUAAUACAGUACAUAUUGCCCAACCUUCGGAAUCUCAGUGACAUUCGGAUUUUUCAGACAGAACUUGUUCAUUUCUCGUUGUAGACCAGAGUACUCUUCUCCCAGCUUCUGGUCGAUGGGAAUAACAUGAAACACGAAUCCUUCGUUUACCGAUUGACAAGAAUAAGGCGAAUCGACAAUGCGGACUUUUGUUGGGAUCUGUAGCGGAAGGUCUUGUGAAAAACAUCUGAUGACCGCAGAAGGACGUUGCGUCUUUUGAGUUAUAAGCCUAUUAGCGGGACGCCCUUUUACCAUGGCACCACAGCCGCGGGUAGAAAGCUCUUUCAACGGAGGUCGGCUAUACACGCCAGUUGGGGGCCCUCUGGCUUCGUCACGCGAUCGUUGAUUUUCCUGUCGCACUCCGCUAACCAGUAGUUGCAAUCCACCGUCCAAGCAAAGAUAUUUCCCGUUCUUUAGAUGAUAACGAACUUCAUCGGCACCGUUCAUAUUUUCCAUUAUUACAAACCCGUAUUUGGUGUUUGAAGGCAGUUGCUUGGCAGGGAUUUUGACGUUGUGUACAGUACCAUAUUUACGAAAAAUGUGA